AUGUAUAAUUCCGCCUAUAAUCAACAUCAUUCAUACUACCCAGGCAAGUCUCCAGCACCGCCUCCUGCAUCGCAGUAUACGCAAUCCAGCCAGCUGAACGGGCAAUCGAAUGGCCAGCACAACGCACAGACUCCUCAACUCUGGAUGGGUGAUCUCGACCAAAGGUGGGACGAGACCACCAUCAAACAGAUUUGGUCCAGUGUUCUUGCCCCGCUGGGGAUCUUAGUGCACUCUGUGAAGCUCAUUAGAGACAAGCAGAGCAUGAACCUCGAAUUGGCAAACGCAGGCUAUUGCUUCAUUCGAUUCCAUAAUUUUGAGGAUUGCUACAAGGUGCUCGAGCUAUUCAACGGUAAGCCCAUCCCAGGAACAAACAACGUCCGGUUCUUCAGACUAAAUUGGUCUUCGGCCAACUCUUCUGGUGCCAAUAUCACUGCUUUCCAGCCUAAGGGUCAGUCCGAGUAUUCCAUUUUCGUUGGCGAUCUGCCUCAGACCGUGACUGAACAGACUCUUUUGCAAGCCUUCCAAGCGAGAUAUCCCUCGUGUUCGGGUGCCAAGGUCAUGGUUGACCCUGCUACUGGUCAUCUGAAAGGUUAUGGUUUUGUCAAGUUCUUGAACGAGACAGACCAAAAAAGAGCAUUGAUAGAGAUGCAAGGCUACGUUUUGCUCGGAAGACCUAUCAGAGUUUCCACCGCCUCCAAGUCCCAGACGAACGCAGCUGCCAACAGCUCUUUCGCAUCUGCUAUGCCAUCUCAGGAUGGUCCCGGUCAGCUGAAGGUUAACGUCCCUAGUUUGCCCCAGUCGGCUCCUCUUCAAUACUACAAUGACCCCAACAACACCACCGUUUUUAUCGGCGGACUGAAUGUUCCAAUUUCAGAGAUGCAACUACGAACUCUCUUUUCCAGGUACGGCGACAUCAGCUACGUGAAAAUUCCUCCGGGCAAAAAUUGUGGAUUCGUCCAGUUUUUCCACCGUGCUAGCGCAGAAAUGGCCAUCAGUGAGAUGCAGGGCUACGAUAUCGGUGGCGGCUGUCGGAUCAGAGUCAGCUGGGGAGCCCGUGCUGCUCAGAGGAACUGGUUUGCUAAGCAGCUGGCCAUGCAGCAGCAACCACCGCAGCAAGCAGUGCAACCGUUGCAGACGCAACAGUUUCAACAAGCCAAUCUGUACAACAUGUCCAAUACAUUGGGACUCACUGGUACUCAAUACAGCCUGCUCAACGAUCUGCUGAUUGACAAUGCUGGUACUUCUGCUACCAAUGGCGGAUCAUAUAGUGGCUCCCUUCUGAACAUCGACAGACUCUCACGCGAACCCAUUCCUUUCAGUCCACUCAACUCGUCGGGGACCUCUUUGACAAACAGCUUUGCCUCGGAUGAACUCCGCAUGAACGAGUACUUUCUCGCUUCUAGACUCAACAACUUGGAACAGCUAGACAUAGGUUCUGGUCUUUUCAAACUUAAUUGA